AUGAAACACUAUUUAAAUUACGAAAAAGCAAGCUCAAUAAUUUUAUAUGAGAAAACCGAAAAAGAAGCAACUUAUGUCUACUUAUCGUUGAUUAAUUUUAUCAUAACAGCGUUUAUUGACCAAGCAACACCAAUUGAUCAAAGAAUUUUUUACGCUUGGGUCACUGUAUUCUCGAGUCGCUUAUGGAAAGCAUGGCUCCAGUAUGUUCGAAACCCAGAUGAAAUUUUAGAUACUGGUAAUAAAAAUGAUGUUAAUCAAAUGAAAACAAAAAAAGUGAAUAAGGAGAAAUUUUAUAUGACAAAUGUUGCGUACCAAUCUCUUGAAUUAAAUGCACACAAUCUAUUAUUCAUUGCUAUGUUAGUAGUUGAAGAACAAAUACAAGAAGACGCUUUAAAUAUUUUCAUUUUAAAUUCACAAACAUGUGAAAGUACAUUUCGUAUGGUACGAUCAAUGUCAGGAAUGGUGAGCAUGCGUAACUUAUGUGACCACUAUUCCGUCUCAGACAGUGAGAGCCCAUGUACAAAAUGUGCGAAAAAUGCUGGUAUAACCACAUGCGAUGGCUGUUUAGCAAAAUUUUGCAGGCGGUGUUUCAAUGAUCAUUGCCAAGAUUUGUCAAAAGAACUCGACAAUGUUGUUUACGAACACGAUAUCCUCAAACAGGAGCUCGAAAUGCCAAAUGAAAACAACUCUCAUUAUUUAUUAAAACAGAUUGAUGAAUGGAAGAAAGACUCUAUCGAUAAAAUUAAUCAGCUCGCUCAUGAAUGUCGGACUGACGUUCUGAAAUUGCUAGAGAAGAACAAGGACCAGCUUACUGACAGUUUUCGCAAAAUAUCGAAUAGAGUUCGUAAAGGUCGAGACGAUGAAGAUUACGAUGAACGAGAUCUCAGCAAGUGGAUGACUGAGUUAAAAGAAUUAAAAGAUGAACUUAUCAAACCGUCAAACUUCCGAAUCGAAGAGGAUAAACAACGAUCUCCUUGGAUUCAAAAGAUCCGAGUAUGCGAAGAUUUCCAUGAUCGAGCAAAGUUGGAAGAUAGUAAGUGAUGGUAAAAUCUAUUAACCUAAAAACUUUCUGAACAUUGACCUGGGGUGGCCUUCUAUUUUGAGUGGGGAUUUAUGAAACAAAAGAAGAAGAAAAAACAGUAGCAAACCUUUCAGUUACAAAUAAGAAGGAAAAGGAUUCUUAAAGGUCAUACAAAUAAUCAAAUGAACAUUUUCUUGGAUUUUCUUACACAGAAUCUUUGGGUGUUAAAAAAGGAAGAACCUUCAUCAGUUACGCUGACGGUAGCGCUCUCCUCCAUCGUUAUCCUCUCAGAGCCUAUCUUAACCUUUGCUGUUACAAAUCGCACGUUUAAACCGUGCUAACCUGACGGUUUAAAUGGCAAAACCUGACGCUUUUCUAAGCCUGACGUUUUAUCCGUUCUAACCCGACACUUCACCUGUUCUAAGCUGACGCUUUUUCCAAUCUGACAGUUAAAACGUCACGUUGAUCUGCCGCUUUAACCGUUCGGUUACAAAAACAUCAGAUUGAAACGUUUCAAAUCUCUGUAUGAUUUUGUAUUGGGGAAUGGAAUAGCCAGUGGGCAGGGUCUGAGUUUGAAAAGACACACUUUGCUAAAGAAUGGCUGAACGAAGGUUCUCGGUUUUUUGAAGAAAUCUGUUGUUUUUGAAAUAAAUACAUUUUAUAUUUCACAGCAAUGCCAUCUUUCGCAUAAUAAUGUGUUUAUCUCAAAAACGACGAAUUUCUUGGAAAAACUGAGAACGACAAAGAGUUUCUAAUUAGAAUCUCUAUUUAAUCUAAAAUAUUAAAUACAUAUCCAAUUAUUGAUGUUUUUCCUGUAAUAUUUGUUUAUUUUUUUCGUGUUCUAUUGUUUUCUUUAUAAAAGUUAUAUUCACAUCCAUGUACAUUUUUUCGAGUCGUAGACGCGUCUGAAAACGUUUUAUCCUGCGUUUAAGUCGCUCAAAUAUGCACCCUUCUGGUGCGGCCAGACGCGUUUUAUCUUAACGCGUUUAAACGCGCAUGACGUAGACGCGUUCUAACGCUCUUUUAUAGGAUAUGACGCCAAAUCUGCACCAUUUCAGUGCGUCAAGACGCGUUUAAACGCGUUUUCCAUGCUUUAAUUUUAUAUAUAUUUUUAAAAAUAAAUAAUUUCAUUCCAAUUUUAACUCCUGUAGCGGUUCAGACUUUUUUCUAGCGACGAGAAUCUACGAUAUUAGAAGAGAAGUUUGACGUACGAGGAAUAAGUGCAUAAUAUUGAUGAUGCCGUCGAUGGGAUUCGAACUUGGUACCUAUGAAUAGAAAGACAAAUUAGAAAACAAGUUACUUACCCACUCAGCCACAUGAGCUUGCAACUUGUAUUGUUACUUGUCAAUGCGUAUAUAUUACAUGGCCGAAGACAAGUAAAACUUAUGAGAAGCAGCUGUAAUUAGGCAUGCACUAGUUAAAAACACCAGUUGGGGCUUCCACGAAAAUUGUUAUAAAUCGCCUAUAAAGAACUAUUCAUAGUCGCAGAACAUAGUCGCAUUUUCUGGAGAAAUGUUUGCUCUAAAAACUUCAGCUGUAAAAGAAGCACUUGAAAUUAUUCCUAACAAAAGUGUAAGCAUUCUAAACUGCACUAAAGUUAGAAAAAAAACCUGUUUGAACAGGGUUUUUUCUAAAUUUGGUAGGUAGAAUGCUCAUAUUUGUACCAUAGGUAACUUUGAAACGUUUCUACUUAUAUCGGAUUAUGGUCCAAACAUUUCUCCACAAAAUGAGACGGUUCACAACUCUGAGAAAUCUUUCACAGGCGAUUUAUAACAAUUUUCGUGGAAGCCCCAAUAGCAGUUUUUAAUUGGUUAUUAUUACCUAGCUGUAAUAAUACAAAAAAUUGCGGGUGUUAUACCAUUAAAGGCACAAAGCUGCAUUUUUUCUUAAAUAGAUUACUAAUCCGUCCGACAACCGCGAUAGUUUGAAGCUAGGGAAUUUUGACAAAAAGACUCUGAGUUUUAAAACUUAAAUUGAUUUUCUUUAAUUUUCUUGUAAAACUCAGUGAACUCAACUAAGUCACUAUAAUGUUUAUAAACGAGAAUUCCAUCACAUAUAUUGUAGUUCUUCUAAAAAAUUUAUUUUGUUUCUUUGCAGAAUUCGUUUAUUAACUGGCUAAAGUGUUAGUUAGAAUAAGCAAGCUCUUUUUUUCACAGAAGGACACUAUAUAACUUUUUAAUGGAACGAAACCACUUUUGGAAUGCAAAGUUAUUUUGUUUUUUCGAAGAACCUUUUCACAAGCAUGUCUAGACACGUUGCAAUGCGUGCAAGACCCAAAAUAGUUCUCAAACGCGCUUUAACACGUCUAUAGAAUAGAAAUAUAACAGACGCGUUCUGUUUGUCUUGUAUACAAUAUACCGGGAGACAUCGACCUGUUAUACAGUAGGCUUCGCGCAAAUUUUUCUGCUCUGAAAGCUGAUUUAUACAAAAAUUAUUGUCAGCAUAACAAGUUUGUGUGCGCGUGAAAAGACAGAGACAGUUCAGCAUUAUCUACUGAAGUGUGUGUUAUUCCAUGCUCAAAGCAAAAUCCUUAUAAAGCAAAUUUCGACAAUACAAAUUACUCCUACCCUUAGUUUUGAUCUUCUUUUAAUAAAUGUAUCUCUUUUGAAAGAAGAUUUUUCAUGUAUAUAUCGUGCAGUCAUAGACUAUAUUUGUAGAGCGAAAAGAUUUAUAGAAGAAUAGCGUGUUGUUGUGAUGUCUCUCUCCUUGUCAUUUAAUUCUCGCUAAACAGACUUUUUUCUUUCUCUAUAUGUGUGCCUGGACUUUCAUACAUUAUUGUAUGGCUCUUUUUUCGUAUCAGAUUCUUUAUUCGUGAUUACAUUGUAUCGAUUGUGUUUCUCUGUCCCUCGAUAAUACUGGGCAUGCCUCUCUUUCAUCAGUAGGCAAAAAAAUUAAAAUGUUUCUCGUUAAACUAAAAAUAGCUUGUAACAAUAAGACGUGUCUCAACGCGUCAAAGACCCGAACUGGUCCUCAAACGCGC